GGAAGUGGGGCGGUCGCCGUGGCAACGCGGCGCUGUGUGCCGGCGGCCGGAGGCGGCGGGUGCUGUGAGAAGCGAUGGCCACAGCGGCUCUCCUGAACUUAGCACCAGCUCACCUCUACUUCCCUUCAAGCACAGCAGCCGCUUUCCUGGGGAGAAACGCCGCCGACAUGCACGUCACCAGGCCAAAAUCUGCCAAGGGGCGCACGAGGCCGAGCUUCAAUUAUUCUCAGAGCCUGGAAGCCUGUCCUUGCCAAGUGCCAUCUUCCCCACCACCAGCACCUCCUCACAAACUAGUGAACAGCCGGAGAGUGUUGGCCACAAAACCGGCGUUCCCAUCCGGCCAGGCGUCUCCCGAGGAAAUCCCGGAGCUCCUGCGGCAAGUGCCUUUGAGGACCUCCUCUUCCCUGAACAAGUACAGGGUGCUCCCCUCCAUCGGCUGGAAGGGCGCAGGGAGCGGCGCUGUGGAAGCGGCGGCGGAACAGACCGGCCGGCUGGAAGUGAGCGGGGGGCAGGAGGAUGCUCUGAAAAUCAAAACUCUUUCCGGAGAACGAGGAUCUGCCGGCGUAUUGUCAGCAAGUGGGGUCCCAGAUGAAGGGAGCUCACACCUGCAACGUCCUCCUGAGAAGCCCGGGAGGAAAAUGAGGCAAGAAAGCCUUUCGAUGUGGACUUCGGGUUUGGAAGAGCCGCUGAAAGAAGAGUCAGACCUGCUGCUUGCUCUUCGAUCUCCCUCUGGUCAGAGAUUUGAACAUCAUUUCAAGCCCACCGACAGUCUCCAGGCGGUCCUUGCCGUGGCAGAACAGAAAAUGUCAGCCAAAUACAAACAUUGCAGCGUUGAAACGAUGGAGGUGCCCCGAAGGAGUUUCUCUGACCUCACGAGGUCCCUCCAGGAAUGUGGGAUUCUCCACAAGUCCGUGCUGUGCCUCCGACUGAAAGAGCGGCACGAUGCAGGCCUUUAGGCGCACAGAGACGCUGCCGCGGGUCGUUCUGCCGAGUGGGAUGCGUUGCUACUUCUGAAAAAAAAUGAGAGUCUGAUGUUUCCUGGGCCUAUUCCUUCAUCUUCCCAUCUUCCUACAAUUCCCUUUGAAGCUGGCUCGUGUAUAGGUGUCGAAAUAGUAUUUCAAGUGUAUAUACCUGCUACCAAAACAGCAUCUUUUUCACGUGUGCCAUCACAAAUUGCUUCCUGAGCACAACCAACCUUUGGCCUGUUUGGUUUUUUGAAAUCGCCGAUGUUGUUCUUUGAAGACUGAAGUUUCCAAGACCUCUCCCCUUGUCCUUUUCUCUAUUUCAGGAAGGUACCACUUCCCGCAGUGGAUCCGGGUGCAGAGGCACCUAUUUGGGAAGGUGGAAACAGAACUGUGUUACUCUGGAGGACCGUCUUCAGUAGGUUGUCAUCAUCCUAAGCAUCUUCUUCUCCAGAGUAACUGAAAAGGAGAUCACACCUGAAAACCAUCUGGAAUGUAAUAACAGUUUAAUGGAUGAUUGUGAAGUAUUAAAUUGCAAGACAGAUGGUAAUAUACCUGUGAGGGCUCAGCUCUUUCUGGAUAACCUCAGUGCAGCUUUUAAGAGUGUGACUACAUUGCCUUCUUAAGAACAAAUAGUUAUUAUUUUGGCUAUAUUGGUGAGCAGCAGGAUUUUCUCCUUAGUUCUCCUUCUCUCAUUCAACUCGUGUGAUCCAUAGGUAAGAAUAGAUGGGUAGUUAAGAUGGGAUGUUACAAAAUACUUGCAUUUAACACCUUUACACUGAAAUGAGUUAUUCUAAGAAAGCAAGUUCUGCUUUGAGAAUUUUUAAAUAAAAUUAUAUUCAUUGAUUUUGACUUGAGGAAUUGGCUCAGGCAGUAGGCCAUGUUUUACUAAACCAUCAUUAAAAAAGGCUGGUAGGGUAACUUGGCAGGUUUUAGAUAAAUACAAUGUGCUUGUGCUAAAAAAACCCAUCUUCUAGGUUUCUAAUGGAAAUUUAUAUGAUUCAAAGAGAAUAAUUUAAUCUACUAAAAAAGGGACCACUUGCCACACAGAUGAGCUAGUUUUAAUAUUCUGAGGUAAACCCAGCUUUUUUUUAACCCCAGUGUAACUGCCAAACCAGCCGAGAACAGCGGGAGAAACAGGAGAGUGGUAGAAAACUGAUCCUGGUGCUGACCAAGAGCUCAGCACCUGCUGCUAAAGCAGGUGUUGGGGUGCAGCGGCUGUGUGAAAGCGGUGCCAGCUGAAAUGGUGUUACCUACUGCUGCAGCGAUGGCACCGGCACAGGAGCAAUCCCGGUGUCUUCAGGGAGACCAGGGUGUUGAAACAGAUGGGUGCUUUUCAUCAAACCUCCGCGGGGAGCAAAGUGUUUCACUUAGUUUCAGGAACAGGGACCAUUUUCUGUGUUUCAUUCAGCGUUAGGUGGUUAAUUCCCUUCUGGUUUUGUGUACAUUAUGUUACUUCUAAGUUUCAGAGUGUUUUCAUACUGCGUGGUAGUACAAUCAAUAAAACCUUUUAGGCUGAAA